UUCUCCCCGGGCGUGCACGAUGUUGAGCCCCUCUCACCAUGCCUCUUCCUCGGCAGGGGCAGGCCCCUUUGACCAGCUGCAUUCUCAUCACCAUCAAGAUCUAUCCGCAUAGUGGGUUUGAAUUCGCUUUCUCGCUCCUUCAGUUAUCCGGUAUUCGGUCAUCAAUCACCUCGGACGAACGCUUUUACCGUUUUUUACAUCAAAAGCGGUCCGCCAUCCCGAAGUUCUUUCUGUAUUCUUUAUAAAACGCUCUCCGCUCUUCUACGGCGUGCUCCCCACGCGUAGUAACGCUUUUCCUGCCCUUGAUCUUAGCGCCCACGCGUCGUGCGCACCGGUGUGCCUGGAUAUAAAGCGGGGCUGUUCACUUGAACCGUCGUCCUUCACAUCUUACUGCCCUCUUUCCCUUCUCUUCACAUGCAUACCUCCCAACAAAACCGAUCUCGUCCUCACCUACCCGUUCCUCAUGGACCACCUGGGCAGGGUCAUCCGCCUGUCUAUUCGCUCAAUUCUUCUAAGGGGCAGGAACUCUACGCGUCUGCACCUCCUCCGGGUGCCGGUCACUCAUACUAUGCUGCAACCUCGUAUAAUUCCAAUGUACCAUAUUAUCAGCCUCCGAACCCACACUAUUCCCAAUACACUGGCC